GCUAGGUAGUCUAUAAUAAGAGUCUAAGCUACACCUCGAUCGAUCUGGAUCUCCAAAAAUUUAGUCUCAACACAAACAAACACUAACACGGAGAUGGAAAGUACAUUCUGCAGCCUAGAGCCCGCACGCGAUGGCUUCUUCGUCCUCACCAUGUCCAGCGCCGACGGACACCAGUACCUGACCGAGCACGCCGUCGCCGACCUCGUCAAGACCCUCACCAGAGUCCGCGACGACCCCAAGGCGAGAGGCCUCGUCACCACCUGCCAGGCCGGCAACGCCGUCUCGUUCUGCGACGGGAUCAACUACGCUGACGACGACGCCCGCCAGCAGGCGGAGGCGGGAGAUCCUGGGCUAACAUGGCGGGUAGCUACACGACUGGCCACUGCCGUUUCGAGCAGUGUACUGUUUCCAACAGUGUUCCAAGCUGAAAGGAAGGCGGAUCCUGCAGCUGGCAUGGCGGAGGUGAUUCGUCUGCUGAUGGAGCUCCCCAUGCCGACCGUGGCCGCCGUGAGUGGCAACGCCACGUCGCUGGGCGUCGCCCUGGCGCUGGCACACGACAGCUUGGUCAUGUGGGGCCGCGCGGAGCUCCGGCUCCCGGAGACCGAGCUCAGGCGCCGGCCGUUGCCGGACUACGCAGGGAAGCUGCUCCAGGAAAAGCUGCCGUCCUCCGAGCUCCGGAAGCUGCACAUGUCCCGGCCGUGCAUCGGCGACCAGCUCGUCAGCAGCUGCUACUAUGUUCAGAGCGCCAACAAGGACAAGGGGGCGGUGCUUAAUGACGCCCUGCAACUGCUCUACAAGCGGACGGGCGGGAAAGCCGCGGAUAUCGCCAAGGCGAGGCGGACCAAGUGCCCGAAGACCUGCGCCGACCUCGGCAUCACCGGCCCGCAGCAGCUCCCAAGGCCUCCCAUUUCCCAAAGUGCAAAUGCAAAACCAAAUAUGCGUCGCAGCCAGGUAACUAGGUAAUAAAUCGGCGACCACUUCAUUUUGUGGGAAAAGUUUCUUCAGUUUCACCCCAUUGUGAUUGAUUUUCCUCAUGCGGGUUAUGGAAUUUCUUCGUGUAUCACACAUGUAUCCUCGAUUUCAAUUAUCAUGUAAUGAAUAAGUGAGUAAACAUUGUCUACAAAUUCAAGUCAGCAUGCAUAGAAUCGACUUUGAGUUCCUUUUUAUUAUAAUGAUACUUGUAUUUUUCGUUC